GGUCCCGCCUCGCCGCUCCCCGGGCGCGCAGCGGCUCCGUUCUCCCGGGGCCGGAGCGGGCGGCGGCUCCGCAGCUCCCGGGGCCGCACUCCGGGAUGGCUUUCGCCAAUUUCCGCCGCAUCCUGCGCCUCUCCGCCUUCGAGAAGCGCCGCUCCAAGGAAUACGAGCACGUCCGCCGCGACCUGGACCCCGGCGAGGUGUGGGAGGUGGUGGGCGAGCUGGGCGAUGGAGCCUUCGGCAAAGUCUACAAGGCCAAGAACAAGGAAACGGGUGCUUUGGCAGCUGCCAAGGUCAUCGAGACCAAGAGCGAGGAUGAGCUGGAGGAUUACAUGGUGGAGAUCGAGAUCCUGGCCACCUGUGACCACCCCCACAUCGUCAAACUGCUGGGAGCCUUCUACUGGGAUGGCAAACUCUGGAUCAUGAUCGAGUUCUGCCCCGGCGGGGCCGUGGAUGCCACGAUGCUGGAGCUGGACCGGGGCCUGACUGAACCCCAGAUCCAGGUGAUUUGCCGCCAGAUGUUGGAAGCUCUCCACUACCUGCACAGCAAAAGGAUCAUCCACAGGGACCUGAAGGCUGGGAACGUGCUCCUCACCCAGGAUGGGGACAUCAAGCUCGCUGACUUUGGAGUGUCUGCCAAGAACAUGAAAACCUUGCAGAAGCGAGAUUCCUUCAUCGGGACCCCUUACUGGAUGGCCCCGGAGGUGGUGAUGUGUGAGACCAUGAAGGACACUCCCUACGACUACAAGGCCGACAUCUGGUCCCUGGGGAUCACCCUGAUCGAGAUGGCCCAGAUUGAGCCACCCCACCACGAGCUCAACCCCAUGAGGGUCCUGCUGAAGAUUGCCAAGUCCGACCCCCCCACGCUCAGCUGCCCUUCCAAAUGGUCCCUGGAGUUCAGAGACUUCCUGAAGAAGGCACUGGACAAGAACCCGGAGACCCGGCCCAGUGCUGCCCAGCUGCUGGAGCAUCCCUUCGUCAGCAAGGUCACCAGCAACAGGGCCCUGCGGGAGCUGGUGGCCGAGGCCAAGGCUGAGGUGAUGGAGGAGAUCGAGGAGAGCCGGGAUGAAGCAGAGGAGGAUGAUUCCUUGGAGUCUGCCUCGCCCCCUGGGAAGCACAAGCGGGACCCCUCCGAGGCGAGCCAGCUGAGUUUUGACGGGGAGAAACCUCCGGACUCCUCCUUGCCCAGCGCUGUGAACGGCUCCGUGGGAACUGGCAAGGAUGGCCAGAGUGGCAAAGUCUCGGAUAAAGGGAUGAGCAGUGACAAUGGCAAACUGGAGAGCAACCACUCCACAAAACCCCUCACCAGCUCAGCCACCCAGGACAAGCCGGACAUCAUCCUGCAGCCUGGACAUUUGGGUAACUCCACAGAGGAGAACAAGGAGCCCAGGCCGGGCAGGGAGGAGAGGAAGAGCCUUGGGGAGAGGAAGAGCCUUGGGGAGAGGAAGAGCAUCGUGGAGCGACCAGAGAGUGUUCUCCUGGAGAACUUCAGCGAGGAGAAGCUGGCCAAUGGAAUCCUGGAUCCCCCGGCGCCGUUCCCCGGCAGCCGCUCCAAAGGGGACUCGGAUUCCGGCAGCACCUCGGCCUCCGAGAGCAUGGACCUCACCAUCUCCCUGUCUGCUGACCUGUCCCUCAGCAGGGAGAGCGGCUCCAUCUCCCUCAAGGAUUCCCAGAUGCACAAGAAGACCCUGAAACGCACCCGCAAGUUCGUGGUGGACGGGGUGGAGGUGAGCGUCACCACCUCCAAGAUCAUCAGCGAGGACGAGAAGAAGGAUGAAGAAAUGAGGUUUCUCAGGCGCCAGGAGCUGCGGGAGCUGCGUCUCCUGCAGAAGGAGGAGCACAGGAACCAGGCCCAGCUGAACAGCAAGCACCAGCUGCAGCUGGAGCAGAUGCUGCGGCGCUUCGAGCAGGAAAUGAUGGCAAAGAAGAAGUUCUAUGACACGGAACUGGAGAACCUGGAGCGGCAGCAGAAGCAGCAGAUCGAGAGGAUGGAACAGGAGCACUCCCUGCGCCGGCGCGAGGAGGCCAAGCGCAUCCGCCUGGAGCAGGAGCGGGACCACGCCAGGUUCCUGGAGCAGCUCAAGCAGAUGAAGAAGGAGGUCAAGAACGAGGUCGAGAAGCUGCCACGGCAACAGCGCAAGGGGAACCUGAAGGCGAAGAUGGACGACUUCACCCAGAAAAAACAAACCAUGGAGCAGGAGUUUUUGGCCAAGCAGAAGGAGGACCUGGAGCAGGCCAUGAAGAACAUCACUGCCCAGAACAAAAAAGAGAUCUGCGACAAGGAGCGUGAGUGCCUCAACAAGAAGCAGCAGCUCAUGAGAGACCGGGAAGCUUGCAUCUGGGAUCUGGAAGAGCGUCAGCAGCAGGAGAAACACCAGCUUGUCAAGCAGCAGCUGAAGGACCAGUAUUUCCUCCAGAGGCAUGAGUUGCUCCGGAAGCACGAGAAGGAAAGGGAGCAAAUGCAGCGCUACAACCAGCGCAUGCUGGAGCAGCUGAAGGUCCGGCAGCAGCAGGAGAGGGCCCGGCUGCCCAAAAUCCAGCGCAGCGAGGGCAAGACACGCAUGGCCAUGUACAAGAAGAGCCUCCACAUCCACUCCAGCGGCAGUGCUGCCGAGCAGAGGGAGAAGAUCAAACAGUUUGCUCUGCAGGAGGAGAAAAGGCAGAAGGCAGAGCGGCUGCACCAGCAGCAGAAGCACGAGUCGCAGAUGAAGGACAUGCAGGCCCAGUGUGAGAGCAACACCAACGAGCUCCAGCAUCUGCAGAAUGAGAAGUGUCACCUCCUGAUCGAGCACGAAACCCAGAAGCUGAAGUCCCUGGAUGAGAACCACAACCAGCACAUGAAGGAGUGGCGAGACAAGCUGAGGCCACGGAAGAAGGCCCUGGAGGAUGAGCUGAACCAGAAGAAGCGUGAGCAGGAGAUGUUCUUCAAGCUGAGCGAGGAGGCCGAUGGACAGACGCCAGUGUCCCCGACCAAACACGCCAAGUUCGUCCCCUUCAGCUCCUCAGAGAGCUUGUAAUGCCUGGCAGGCCACCAGCUGGUACUGGCUGUGUCCUCCUGGGCUGCAGGGGGGUGACUUGGACUUGGAAGAUCCUCUCAGCAGCCCCUUCUUACCACAGCACCCUCCUGUCCCCUCGCUCUGCCUGGGAUAAACGUGGCCUCUGUGCUGAGGGAAUGCUGACUGGAAGCUGGGGUGGCUUUCCCAGGAGCUCCAGGCUGGGAAUGGGGGCAGGGCCCUCUCUGGAUCGUACUUGCACUGUUGGCUGGAUGCCUCCCUCCCGGCUGAGCCUGGUGCUCACUGGGUUUGUCAGCUCAGACUGGAGCAGUGACCACUGUGAUCAGGAGGAACAGCCCCUCAGGGCAGGGCUGUCACCCCCUCUCUCCACCCUGGCUGCUCCUGUCCCAGUCUUUUGUAAGGCCUGGCCUGGGGCAGAGCAGCUUUGGCAUCGUCUUAAACUCACCUUGGCCUUGAGGCCCCCAACACUUGCUUACUCCUCUCCACAGGGCCCUUUUUUGCCACAGAGAGACAGUGAUUUGGGGGUUUUUGCCUAGGGAGGGCUGGGUUUUUUCUUUCCCCCUCCUCCCCACACAGACUAUGCAGAAACGGACUCGAUGUCCUCCCAAAGAUGCUUCUGCUGUUCCUUUGCCGUGACCACAGCCCCUCUGGCACUGAGCUAACACUGUGUUAGCAGGAUUCUGGGGUGAUUCAAGUGUCCAGCUGGCUGCAGGCUCUGGUCCUUGAGGAAGUGUAAGUGCAGGUGCAGAGGGAAGGUUGGGGACGGCGCUCGGUCCCGCGGUGACACGGUGAAGGGUCUGUCACUGUCAUGUGCCUUCGGGAUGAGUGGAGGGUGAAGGGUGUUCGUGCCAGAGCUCUCAGGAUCACACAGGUGCUUGAGACUGGUUUUUAAGUCCUUUCUGUGUGGGGCUGUGUGGCUCAGCCAGCCUGGCCAGCGGGUUACGGCUGCAGAGCAUCGGUUGGGAGGAGUAAAGGAGCGGCGAAACAAGGGAAGAGAUGCAAAGGGAAGAGAUGCAAAGGGGACAUCUCUUUGUCCACUGAUGGCUCAUCUCCUUGUGAUGUGCCACAGCUUUUUGGAUGGUUCUCCAGGCUGGGAGUUGUGGACAGAGUGGCAGAGCAGGUCCUCUGUCCUUUCUGUCCCGUCCCCCUGCACAAGGCAGGGCUUGGCUGAGCUGCUGGGUGGGACUCGGAGCACAGAGCUGGGGAGGGGGUCAGGGACCUCACUGGCAGCACCUUCCUCUUUACACAACCCAAAGGUGUAAGGCAGCACUUAGGUUUUCCUCUGGACAACAUUGUUUGUUCUAGGCCUGUUUCUCAAGCAAGAAAAAAAUAUUUCUGCUUAAAAAAAAAAAAAAAAAGAUAAGAAAAAGUUGUUAUUUUCAAGUCUCCUCUGUUGAUAUACUGGCAUUUCAGAGAAAGGUGGGAUGUGAUGUGCCUCACUUCUAGGUACUGGGCUGGAGGAGGCAGCCCCCAGGUCUUUAACUCUGUACCUGGGGUGGGCAUUCCCUACCCAUUUAGAGCUCCUGAUCCAUAUUUAUAAGCUUCCUGCAAGCUAGCAAGGCUCUGUCUAUUUGGGCCAGUCCAGGUUUCCUCUGAUUUCACAGCAGUGAUGUCUCUGUUAAUGAGCAUAGGAAGGGUUCCUGCCCCAUCUCCAAAGUGUGCAUUGUGCCUUUGAGAUGUGGUAAUGCCAGGUUGGGAACUGCUGUAAGGUUGAUGAAUGCAAAGGGAUGUUCCUAAAUGGGACAAGGGGCUGAUUGGGGACUUUUAAUCACGUUAGGAAUGUGUUACAACAGCCCCAGUGGUUCUGAUCCUGGUCCUGUUGGGGUCAGGCUGGAGCUGUUCUACGAAAUUGUGUCACAGGAAUCAGAGCCCAGUGCCUGUCCCUGAAGGGGCCUGCAGAAGCUGUCCUGCAGCACUCUGUCACCACAUUCCUCCUUCAGCUGAAGGGCAGUGCUGCCUCUGGUGCCUUCUCCACCAGCCCAGGGAGCAUCGUCCCUCUCUGGACAUCCUGCAGCCAUGAGGAGGAACUGUUUCUGGGGGCUCUCAAAGCUGAUGCAAUGCCCCCGUAGUAAAUCAGUUGUCCCUUCCUCCAGUCCAGCUGAUUUUCAUCUUGGAGAGGGCAACACAGCCUUGCUGACAGAGGUAGGAAUGGUUCUGUCCACUCCUUUUCCUAUUUAGUGUUCCCUCCCUGGGUGUGCCAGGGCUCCAGGACCGUGUCCCUCUCCUAGAAGGGGAGCACAUCAUCUGAUUGUCACGUUUACAGCGUGGUUAUCAUUUUCCCUCCUUUCAAAAGAGGAUGUUUUUGUCGUUCCCUGAUCAGAAGGAACCAUGAUUAAACCCAGCUUGCUUUUUUUGGGGGGGACACCAUUUUAAAACAUGUGGCUUUGAAUAAAAAGGGGUUUUUUUUUUAAUAUUUUGUAAAAUAUCUCCAGUGGGGCUACCACUCUGAUGUAAAGACCUCUCUAAUAAUGUAACACUCGGAAA